AUGUUCAGGUCCACUGUCUCGGAUUUUCAGGGCCCAAACUUCAACACACUCGCAAAAGCAGCUACAGCACUUCACAAUAAACUACAGUCUCCAAGGUCGUUGGAAGAGAUACUGAAUAAUGACGCCAAGAACCUGAGAGGCUUCAGAACGAGAACUGAUCUAUGUGAGGACGAAGAUAAGACUAACAAGCUGGACAGAGCAAAGAAAAAAAUCCUGGUGAUGUCUAUUGGGGCAUUCUAUGCGACGUUGUGGAUCAAUUCUCUCGGUCCACCAAUAGGCAUUAGUUUUUUUUCAAAGGUGCUACUACAGAGUUUUUCGCUCAAAAUUAGCAAGUCACACUACUACAGUUAUUCUGGCACCCCGGCAAAUAGCAAUGGACAACAUUGUCUGUGCCCUACAAACGAAGAAAAUGGCAGUAAUCAUUCAGCAACCGAACUACUGGAUUUUUGCUUCGUUUGUAUUACAACUAUCAGUCGAGUACAAGGAACAUUCGCCCUGACUUUGUCAAACAAUGAGGUUUCCUGA